AUGCUCCUUAAAGAUGUCCUCCUUGGAACGGUCUCUACCUUGGACGUUGCUGUUUCUCUUCUUUCACUCCACGCGACCAGAGAUGGCGGGGUUGCACCAACAAAUACUGGUCCAUUAAACCUGAGAUUACUUGCCCCACCCUUUCAAAAGAGUCAGGGGAUAGACUAUCAUGAUGCUAUGUCUGUUCGGUUAACUGUGGUCCGACCUAGUCCUCGAAUCAACGGCCUAUCUGGGUCUGUUAACUUCAUUCCAAUGAGAAAAGAAAGGCAGAACAGGCCUCGGACAACAGACAGCCGAAGCAUUGCAUUAGUGGCCAGAUCGGACAUAAUCGGACAUCCUCCGCAUCCCGCCGGAGUCCCCGCAUUCAUCCCACUCGGAGCUUAG